AUGACCGCUGUAGCGCGUGUUGGUCGAUUCGUCGCAGUUAAGCCAGGACCACUCCUGUGGACCAAACUGAUUACAGGACUUUGGCUAGUGACCAUCGAAGCUACCAAUGUUGGCUUAUUCGCCAUAUCUGCUGCUUUUCGCACCGAGUAUUCCGUCGCCGCAGCAUGUCUAUCAACCAUUACUGCUCUCUGCAUCCUCGCUAUGCUAUAUGUUGAGCAUAAACAUUCCAUCCAACCAUCGACGCUUAUCAGCAUCUAUCUUAGCAUAACCGUUCUUUUCGACAUUGCUAAAGCCCGGUCUUAUUUCAACCGACCAGGAUUGGAAUCCAUGGCAGGAACCACGCUGGCCAUUCUAGUCUUGAAAUCGAUCGUCAUUUACCUUGAAGAGAAAUCUAAGAGAGAAUCAAUCACGAAUUCUACAUCCCAUGAUGAACUUGGAAAGGAAGAUGAGAGUGGGUUUUGGAAUCGAGCUGUUGUGUGGUGGGUGAAUUCCACGUUCCGACUCGGGUUCAAAACCAUCAUCACCGUUGAGGAUCUACCUGAGCUGGACGCGCAACUGCGCUCUAAUAGUCUUCUCAAACGUUUUCAAGGCUAUUGGAAUCAGAAUAACAAAUAA